AGUAUUAUCACAGACGAUAGUAAAUUUGUAUAUCUUUAGGUGUCAGCAACAAAGCAAAUGGCGAAUACUGUCAAAGGAAUACUGUUGAAUUAUCAAAUAAACGAAAUUUAAUUUCAAGAAUUUUCCCUAUUAAUUGUUCAUUAUGCUGAUAUUUAUUAUAUAACAAUCAUUCAUAUUUCGUAUUUUUCUUAUAUACGUAGUAAUAGUUUCGUGUGAAUUUCUCGUAAAAAUCGAUAAAUUUCAAGGGUCAAACAUCGUACUUACGCGCAGGUUUCUCUUGAAGUGUUAUUUCUCUCGUAAAGGAUCUACGCGUCAAAAUGUCCACGUCGGUGACAGACAAGCUUCUAGAUGAUAUGAACAGCAUACCGUUGGCAGACGAUGAUCCACAAGUGAUAAUACCUGAAGAAGAAGUUCUGGACAAUAGUUGUCACAUAUCAGAUGCACUUGGUAGUGGACAUAGCAUGGAUUCUAUACCAUCUACAUUCACAAAUGGAAGUUGUAGUCCUAAUAGUUUAGAUCCUGAUAUCAGUCCAGAUGAACAAGAAGAGAAAGCUAGAUUAAUUGCUCAAGUGCUUGAACUUCAAAAUACAUUAGAUGAUUUAUCUCAAAGAGUAGACAGCGUAAAGGAAGAAAACUUGAAGUUGAGAAGCGAAAAUCAAGUGCUAAGCCAAUACAUUGAAAAUUUAAUGUCUGCAUCAAGUGUUUUUCAAUCUACAAGUCCCAACACUAAAAAAAAGUGAAUUCACAUUGUUAUAUUAGAUGAUAGAUAUUGAUGAAACAGAAAUCUUAAAUGUGAUCUUUAAUCCUUGAAUGAAUAGUACGUACAUGUUUUCGAUUUUAUUUAAUGAGAAAAAAAUAAAAUUAUUAUAGAUAUAAGAAAUCUCAAAAUUUCGUUUAAUAUAUCGUGCUUAUUUUGUAUUUAUAUAUAUUUCAUUAAUCUGUGUACGUACUUUUCAUGUUUAUUUAAAAAGAAAGAUUUACACAUAUUUGUUCUGAAACACAUAUUCGAAUUCAUACAACUUUACGAUUCAAAUAUGUGUAUCAGAAAAAAUCAUUGUUUAAUUUUUAUUUCUUAGUCAUUGCAAAUGCUUUUUACUUAUAAAACGCUUAUGAUUGUUAUUUAUUUGCCAAAGAAUUCCAUUUUGUAUUUAUGCAAUUAAUGUCGCGUAUAAAGAAUUUCAGUUAUGAUUUAAUAUAAAAUUCUAUAAAGAAUAAAAUAUAUACGACUUACAUGAUAUUAAAAUAUAAAAUAAUACUUGUUAAGAUUUAUAAUUAUCGAUUUCUUGAUAUUUACGUGUAUGAUUCGUUUCCAAUUCCCAAAUUAAAUCAUAUUUGUUGUUAAUUAUUGCUUUUUGGUAUAUUUAUACAUAAAAAACAAGGGUAAUAAAUGUUUGUAAUUACGAUAUUUAAUCAAACAUCAACAUUUUUUAAUUGAAGCUUUCGCUUAAGAGUUUCGAUAUACGUAUAUGCAAUGUAUGUAGAUGUACAAAAGAGAUAAGAAAUAGUUAUAUAUAUAUAUACAAUUACAUAUGAAUAUAUUACAUAUAAUUAUAUAAUAUAUUAUAUUACGUAUAUUAGCGUUCUAUAUAAAUUACGAUAUAAAUGCUGCGAGCAUAGUGUAAACUUUCAAUUAUUUCAUUUAACUGACUGAUUAAAAACUCCACUUUGCCUGCAGCAUGAUCGAUCAAUGAUUAUAAUUGAUAAAAAAAAAGAAAAAAAAAAAAAAAAAAAAGAAAUGUAUUGCAAUUUUAAAACUGCAACUUGAAGUUUCAGUUGAAGGGCACAAGCAGAAUGCACAAUCCAUUGUUGAGUAACACAGUGUUAUAAUAAACAUUAUAUUCUAUUGGAAAA